AUGCAACAGGACAUUUUCCAGAUCACCGAAAGAGCUUUGGACUUGUACAAGAAAAACGCUGAAAUUUCUGCAUAUUUGAAGAAAGAACUCGACAAACAGUACGGGUCAACAUGGCAUUGCAUAGUGGGGAAGAAUUUUGGGUCAUUUGUGUCUCAUGAAGCUGGAUACUUUAUCUACUUCUACAUCGACGAUAGAGCGUUCCAGAUGUUUAAAACUAGUUAG